AUGAAAGAUGCGCGAAAAACGAAAACAGAAUUUAGUGAGCACAAAAGAGUGGUACAUUCAACGAAGACCGAUGGUGAGCCAGCGAUGGCUGAACUGUGUCCUCUCUGUCCAUGCAAAUGUAUCGAAUUGCGUACACAUCUUGCUGAGGAACAUAAGAUAGCGGAAGAGGCAAUUGAGCGGCUGCUUUUGGGUACUACGCCAUCGAGUCUGCUCAACGAUUCGACAUCUGAUAAGUGGUAA